AUGAAUUUUGACCAGUUAUUAACUGAUCAUGUAGGAGAGAUUGGACCCUAUCAAAUAUGGAUUGUAACUAUACUUGCUUCACUAUCGAUAGCAGGAUGUAUGCUAAACGUAAAUAUUGUAUUCCUGGCCGCGGUUCCAGAGCAUCAUUGCUACGUUCCCGAACUUUGGAAUUCAACGCUGAAUUUAACGCUUGAUAAGAUACGGAAUGUUAGCAUACCGUUGGAUCUUGAAAAUGGGGGCUAUCAAAAAUGCCUUAUGUAUAACCGAGACUAUACAAACUUGUCACUGGCAGCGGUCGAGGCCUGGGGUGAUGUAAAUGGGUCAGAUGUAGGACUAACGCCUUGCAAGCAAUGGUACUAUGACAAAUCUCUAUAUUUAUCUACUAUUGUUUCUCAGUGGGAUCUAGUAUGCGACAAAAAAUGGAUGGUUGCCUUUGUCCAGUCCAUCUUCCUAGCUGGCCCCCUUGUUGGAACCGCUCUGUCAGGUCAAAUAUCAGACAGAAUUGGACGAAAGUAUACCACCAUUGCUGCAAUGAUACUUUCACUUACCUCGUCCAUUGGUUUGGCCUUUUCACCUAACUUUAUUGUGUUCACAGUAUUAAGGUUUUGCCUAGGUGCCUUCAUCGUUGCAGCAUAUACCGUUGGCUUCGUUUUCAAUAUGGAAGUCGUUGGUCCGUCAUGGCGAAAUACAGCUGGUCUCUCAGUUCAGUAUGCUUGGGCGUUAGGCUACAUAAUAAUUGCAGCAGUGGCCUAUUUUAUCAGGCACUGGUCGACAUUACAGCUUGUCUUGUGCAUUCCAAUAGCAGUGCAGUGCAUACUUGUUUUUUUUAUCCCAGAGUCUCCUCGUUGGUUGUAUGCCACAAACAAGACAAAGCGAGCACAGGCAGUUGUCAAAGCUAUCGCUAAAUCUAAUAAAAGGGAACUUCCAGAGAAACUAUUAUAUGAUGUUAGCAUAUCACAGGAAAAUGAGAAAGGCAGUGGCGGAAGUAAUAUUUUAAGUCUGUUUCGGGGACCUCGCCAGAGAAAAAGAACAAUUGCAAUUUGCUAUGCCUGGGUUGUCUGUUCGAUUGUUUACUACGGAUUAUCUUUGUCAUCGUCAUCAUUGGGCGGUGACCCAUUCAUCAACUUUCUCAUCUCUGGAGGAAUUGAAAUCCCCGCAUAUGUAUUCACCCAUAUUUGCUUCUGGAAAAUUGGGCGUAGAUAUCCACUAAGCUUUGUGUUUUUCUUUUGUGGGGUGGCACUGUUCUGUCUACUAGCUAUACCAAAGCAUUUGACAACAGUGAAAAUAGUUGUAUCGAUGUCCGCAAAAUUUCUAAUAUCUGCUGGGUUUGGUAUGGUGUUCAACUAUGGUGCCGAGGUGUUUCCAACUCAGAUUCGUAAUUUAGGAGUGGGUACUUCAUCAUCCUGCUCCAGAGUUGGUGGAAUUAUAGCCCCUUAUGUAUCCCUACUGGGAACGUAUAGCAGAUUCGCCCCAAGUAUUAUCUUUGGUCUCGUGGCAUUCAUCGGUGGUUUUGUCGUGUUACUCCUACCAGAGACUCGAGGCCGACCCCUUCCCGAAACUCUAGAGGACGCUGAACGGUUCAGUAAAUUCAAACACAAGAGGAAUGAAUUGAAUGAAGAAAAGGGCGUAUCCAUGGUGCCUCUAAGAAGCUCGGAGUGUUUCGCUCACCUUUGCAUCAUUUCUCCAAGACAACGAGGUGAAUUUGAUAUUUCAAAGGGCGGUAGCCCAACCUGUUUUAGGCACGGAGAACCAUGUGGAGGCCAACCACCAGCGCCCCCUAACAUCACAUACAUGGGAGGACAAACUGUAUUUAUAAAAUGGCAGCAGAAUUUCAACCACUAUUCAGUUGGUUUCCCAGGUUACAUGGACAUUGCCCUGGCUCAGAGUGACUCAGCCAACUUUACACUCCUAACAGUCGUCCGAGAUGAAAACUUUCACGCUCAAGAUCAUCAGCAGAACUACACUGCUGCUGUGGUGUUCCCGAAUAUUGAUUGUGAUCAUUGUGUUUUGCGCAUGCGCUACCAAUCACACAAACCCGGAGAGUCCACGUUCUUACAAUGUUCGGACAUUAGAAUCAAAAAGUCGUCUGGCAAGAGGGCAACAUCACGUAUUAACUCCAAAGCAGUGGAUCCUGCUCAAAAGGCAAUCAAAGAUGCCAUAAAACUGAUUGAUAGAAAACCAACUACGUCAUCUCCAACGUUUUACGGGGUUGCUUAUGAUGAGUAUGAUCCUGACAGAUGCCAUUAUGUGAAACUAGAAUGGCCCAACCUCUACACGCAACCGAUAUCAACGCUACCCCUUGGUGUUGUUUCGUUUAAAUCUAGAAGAACAGUGCAUGGUGUAUCAAAUAAAAUGAGUUUUACAUCAGGGGCAAAACUGCAUCAACCAAUGCGCCUGAAACGUUCAACCUUCUCAUCAUCGCGAACAGUGUUAUCAAAAAUGGUCGGCAAGCAUAGAAAUCAAAUUUCAAACCACCAGUCCUUCUUGAUGGAUCAAAUCAUGACGUCAGAUACAUCACCCGGUCCAGGGGGAUCUGUUAAUGUGACUGUGUUCAUAAAACACUCAGGGGAUCUAGAUGACCCAACCGUGAACAUGUUUGUAGUUGGUGCCUGGAACGGCUCAUUGGUAAAAGAUGAGAGCAUAAUAUGGCUUGACAAAGCACCCAUUAGUGCUAUACAGCUAGAAUCUCCAACUACAUACUUAGUCUUUCAAAUUGAAGAGUCUGAAAAGAAGCCUGGAUCUUUCAUUUUCAAACUUGGACACUUCAACUUAGAUGGCGAAUACUGGGGUGAUUUGGCUACAUCUGACCCUGAAAACACGUAUAUUAACUUUCAAUGGGCAGACUAUGACUACGAUAAGCAGCUUUACUAUGUCCUCAUGGGAAAUGAAAACUCCCCAGAUGCGCUUGAUGCCCGGAUAUACACGUUUCAGGUGAAUAAAAAAGUGUCAUAUAAGCAGAUAGAUGUCUCUAAAUACACUUUCCAAUCUAUUCAAGUGUAUCAGAGAACUGGGCAGUUGAUUGCUAUGUCCCCGGGAUUGUUUAACGAGACUUACCCCGCCUGGACCCUCGUUGAGGUCGACCCAUUCACCGGACAUGUCGAAAAGCUGUUUGAUGUCACUCCUCCAGGAAUAUUUUCCAAGUAUUAUGGAGGUACUAUUUUUAAUGGCGUAGACAACACAAAAGGCAUUUUGUAUUACACACUAAGAGUGGCAGAUUCAUCCGCAAGUUUAAUAGUGUCCGUGAACAUUGAGACUGGACAAGUUGGUUAUUCUAACAUGGCAAAUCUUGGACAUAUUCACAACCUCGCAAUUAUUCAACCAUAGAAGUUGACAUUUAUAAUGUUGUUCAUUUGUCCCAACCUGGUUAUAAAGACGUUACUCUGACCUUCAUAGAAUGCCCACCGACCCACUGGCAAAAAUAAUAUAUCUAUUUUAGCAAACACGAUAGCACAAUAAGUAUUUUAUUUUGUAGAUAGAGAAGCACCCAAAAACUAAUCAUCUACCUGGAUAUGUUUCAUUAUGUGUUUAUGGUAACUUGGGUCUGUAGACAUUCAAAAACACUAGUUAAAUGAUUCCUGGGAAAUAAAACAUAUUGUUAAGUGUAAAAUACUGAGUUUAUUGUCUUAUUAGUAAAUAGAAUAUUGAAAAAGCUUCAAGCAUUUUUUGUCAGACCACACUGAAAAUUGUUUUAAUCAAUAGUAAAACC